AUGACCAGUAUCCGCAGCUAUGCCAUCUGCGGAGCAAGCGGUAUUGGCAAGACAGAGCUAGCUAUCGAAUAUGCUUAUUCAAGAAGACACCAAUUCGGCGCUGUCUUUUGGCUGCAUGCUGGUAAUGCAGCUCAAUUAAUGUCCGACUUUUGUCAAAUACCGGGCUACCUCGGCCUUGCAAAUGCAUACAGCCAUCCCACUCUUGAAUCAAGGAAGAAGCUUGCAAAAGCGUGGCUGAAUAAUCCAAAGAAGAGCGUCGAUUGGGGCGUGAAUUGUCGUUGGCUGUUGAUCUUUGAUAAUGCCGAUUUGAAUGUUAUUGCGGAUUACAUUCCACAUGGUGGCAAUGGAUCGGUUUUGAUUACAAGUCGGAAUUAUGCAGCAAAGGAUUGUUUCUUUGAGAAUGGACCCGGGGUUGAUCUGAGUCCUUUUUCGAAGACUGGAUCGGGGUGA